CCGGGCUUCUCCAGCAGCGCUCCCGAGCCGGGAGCCGCCGCGGGACGGGACGGGGCGGGAGCGGCAGAGAGAGGGAGGGAGAGAGGCGGCCCGCAGGGCAGCUUCCUCCCGCUCUCCCUUCCUCGUCCGGCGGCCGCAGGGAGCGGACCAUGGCCGGCAGCCGCCGCCGGGAAGGCUCCGCGCCGGGCAGGGCCCCGCCGCCAGGUCCCCCCGGGGGGACGCGGCCCUGGGCUCGGGGUUAGAGCCUCGCCCGGGCGGGCGCGGGGCCAUGGGCACGGCGUCGUCCCUGGUGAGCCCGGCGGGCGCGGUCGGGGAGGUGAUCGAGGACACGUACGGCGGCGGCGGCGGCGAGGCCUGCGAGAUCCCGGUGGAGGUGAAGCCCAAGGCGCGGCUGCUGCGCGGGUCCCUGCGGCGCGUCGGCGGCUCCCGGCCCGGCGGCCUCAUCGGGGCCAGCUUCAAGUCGACGGCCUCGGUGCAGGAGCUGGAGUGCGUGGCCGAGUACGAGCGGCUGAGGAAGGAGUACGAGAUCUUCCGCGUCAGCAAGAACAACGAGGUGGCCUCCAUGGUGAAGAAGGAGGCCAAGCUGGACAGGGAGAACAAGCGGCUGCGCGCCGAGCUGCAGGCACUUCAGAAAACAUACCAGAAAAUACUUAGAGAGAAAGAAAGUGCAUUAGAAGCUAAAUACCAAGCCAUGGAGAGAGCUGCUACUUUUGAACAUGAUCGAGACAAGGUCAAAAGACAAUUCAAGAUUUUUAGAGAAACUAAAGAAAAUGAGAUUCAGGACUUACUGAGGGCCAAACGAGAGCUAGAAGCAAAACUCCAGAGACUGCAGGCCCAGGGAAUCCAAGUAUUUGAUCCUGAAGAGUCUGAUUCUGACGAUAAUUGUACGGAUGUUACAGCUGCUGGGGCGCCAUCUGAAUACUGGAAUGGAGGAGCGUUGGGAAGUGAGCCAUCCAUGGGCAGUAUGAUGCAACUUCAGCAGUCUUUCAGAGGGCCUGAAUUUGCUCAUAGCUCUAUAGAUGUUGAGGGACCAUUUGCAAAUAUAAACAGAGAUGAUUGGGACGCUGCUGUUGCCAGUUUAUUGCAGGUUACUCCUUUGUUUUCCCACUCUCUGUGGAGUAACACAGUAAGAUGUUAUAUUAUCAGUACUGAAGAGACUCAGCCAGAAGUGACCAUCUUCAUUAGAAACUACUCUCCAAAACUUCAGAGAGUCUGUGAAACAAUGGGGUACUUCUUUCAAGUCGUUAAUUUUUCAACAGAGAAUGAAAGGCCUCUUCAGGAUGUAAGAAAAUGGGAAAUUGAAAAAAGUUCAUUAGUAAUUUUGCUCCUGCAUUUAACUUUGCCAAGUUGUUUGUUGGAGGACUGUGAAGAAGCCUUCUUGAGAAAUCCAGAAGAAAAACCCCGGUUAAUUUACCACAGAAGGGAGGAUGGCAAAGUCAGUUCAGUCUCAGUGCAACAGUUAAUUGAGCAAAUUUCUUGCAUGAACAAAGCAAAGAUGAUUGACCAUGUUGGAGGUAUGGAGGAAGGAGCAUAUGAAAUCUAUAAUUGUGUGGAAAAAACAAUUAAACAGGAUAUAUUGGGGUGUGAAAUGACAGACCUAGAAGGCAAGGAUCUGGGUAAUAAGGAAGACUCUGCUGCUCCUGAAGAAGAAGUUUUUGGUGAUGUAUUGUGGGAUGCACACGAUGAACAAGAACAGAUGGAAGCUUUUCAGCAGGCCUCUAACUCAACAUGUGAGCUGGGAUUUGAGAAAUAUUUUGAACGUCUGAAUGACCUAGUAGCAGCACCAGCACCGAUUCCACCAUUGCUUGUAUCAGGAGGACCAGGCUCUGGGAAAUCUCUCCUUCUGUCUAAAUGGAUUCAAUUACAACAGAAGCAUUCACCAAACACUUUAAUUCUUUACCACUUUGUUGGGAGGCCCAUGUCUACUAGUUCAGAGUCUGCAUUGAUAAUUAAGCGCCUUACUCUGAAGCUUAUGCAACACUCUUGGUUGGUAUCACCUCUAACUUUCGAUCCAGCUAAACUUCUGGAAGAGUUUCCCCGUUGGCUGGAAAAGCUUUCUGCACGCCAUCAAGGCAGCAUUAUUAUAAUUAUUGACUCUAUUGACCAAAUACAGCAAGCUGAGAAGCAUAUGAAGUGGUUGAUAGAUCCACUGCCAGUGAACGUGAGAGUGAUUGUAUCAGUGAAUGUAGAAACGUGUCCGCAGGCGUGGAGGUUAUGGCCCACUCUUCAUCUUGAUCCACUCAAUUCCAAAGAUGUUAAAUCUCUCAUUAGUGCAGAAUGUAACUCUGCAAAUGUCAAAUUGACUAAAGAGCAGGAAAAGAAGCUUGAGAGACAUUGUCGUUCUGCCACAACUUGCAAUGCUUUGUAUGUCACUCUCCUGGGCAAAACCAUUGCUUGUGUUGGAAAUACAGGAAAUAUUGAUGAGAUUCUUCAGCAGUGUUGCCAGUGUCAAGACACAGUGUCACUGUACAGGCUUGUUCUGAGAUCAAUUCAGGAAUCAUUGCAGAGUGAUAAAGAGAAAGAUCUUUUGAGAGAGAUACUGUGUGUCAUUGGUGUCAGCCACAAUGGGGUGAGUGAGUCAGAGCUGAUGGAGCUUUAUCCUGAGCUGACUUCUGCAGUGCUGGCCUCACUCCUUCAUAGCCUGCACAAAAUGUGUCUGCUGACAUAUGGCUGUGGUUUGCUGAAGUUCCAGCACCUCCAGGCUUGGGAGAUGGUAAAACUAGAGUAUAUGGAAGCAGGUGAAAAUGUUAUUUCUUCCUAUAGACAAAAACUAGUGGAAUAUUUCACCAUGCAGUUAAGUCAAGACCGAGUGACUUGGAGAAGUGCAGAUGAACUUCCCUGGCUCUUCCAACAGCAGGGAGAUAAGCAAAAGCUACACAAGUGUCUUUUGAAUCUCUUCGUGUCCCAAAACCUUUACAAAAGGGGACAUUUUGCAGAAUUGCUGAGUUACUGGCAGCUGGUUGGGAAAGAUAAGAGCUCUAUGGCAGCUGAGUAUUUUGACUCUCUGAAAGAAUAUGAAAAAAGCAGUGAGGGAGAGGAAAGUAUGAUCUGCCUGGCUGAUCUCUAUGAGACCCUGGGACGGUUUCUUAAGGACCUAGGUCUUCUCAGUCAGGCUGUAGCUCCUCUGCAGCGCUCUCUGGAGAUUCGAGAGACUGCGCUGGAUCCAGACCACCCCAGGGUGGCACAAUCACUCCACCAGCUGGCAGGGGUGUAUGUUCAGUGGAAGAAGUUUGGAAAUGCUGAACAGCUGUAUAAGCAGGCACUGGAAAUCUCUGAAAACGCCUAUGGAGCUGAACACCCUCGGGUGGCCCGUGAACUUGAUGCACUUGCAACCUUGUACCAAAAGCAGAACAAAUAUGAACAAGCUGAGCAACUGAGGAAAAAGUCCUUCAAAAUACGCCAGAAAGCAGCAAGGCAGAAAGGCAGUCUGUGUGGCUUUGCUCUCCUGCGUCAAAGAGCCCUGCAACUGGAAGAGCUCACGUUAGGCAAGGAUACAUCAGAUAAUGCUCGAACCCUUAAUGAGCUUGGAGUCCUCUACUACCUGCAGAAUAAUCUUGAGACAGCAGAGCUUUUCCUGAAGCGUUCGUUGGAAAUGCGGGAGCGAGUGCUGGGAUCCGACCACCCAGACUGCGCGCAGUCUCUGAACAACCUGGCAGCCCUGUACAAUGAGAAGAAGCACUAUGACAAGGCUGAGGAGCUCUAUGAGAAAGCUUUGGACAUCAGGAGGAGAGCCUUAGCUCCGGAUCAUCCCUCCUUGGCUUACACUGUGAAACACCUGGCAGUGCUGUACAAAAAGAUGGGAAAGCUUGACAAGGCUGUUCCUCUGUAUGAGCUAGCAGUAGAAAUUCGACAGAAGUCAUUUGGCCCAAAACACCCGAGUGUAGCAACUGCUCUGGUGAACCUGGCUGUCCUUUACUGUCAGAUGAAAAAACAGAUUGAAGCUUUGCCUCUCUAUGAACGUGCACUAAAGAUUUACGAAGACAGCUUUGGCCAAAUGCAUCCUCGCGUGGGGGAAACACUGAAAAACUUGGCUGUGCUAAGCUAUGAAAGGGGAGACUUUGAGAAGGCAGCUGAACUUUACAAGAGAGCUAUGGAAAUAAAAGAAGCAGAGACUUUGUUGAUAGGUGGAAAAGCAACUUCUCGACACUCAUCAAGUGGAGACACAUUCAGCUUAAAAAGUGCAUUAUCACCAAACGCUUUGCUGGAACAUGGACAAAGGUGAUACAAACCUGCUCCAAGAAAAGGCAGUCUCUAUUGAUAAUUUCAAGUAGACAGAAAAUUACUAAGACAAAUCCAUUUUUCCAAGGAUUAUGUACUGUUUUGGGACUGACACCUGUCUUCAUGAAUUCUGCCUUAACUUUGCAGACCCUAUGGUACAAAGUGAACUUCUUUCACUGUUCAUAGGUACACACAUUAGUUACUAGCUCCAGUUGUAGCUAAUAUCAAAACCAUGGACUUGAUGCCUCAUAGCCUAGAUGCCAAGACUAUAACAAAUUAAGCUGAACCACUUGUAUAAACUCUAAGAGACAUUUCUUACUUCUGUGUUGUAACAGCAUGGCUUAGAGAAUUUUUGUAUUUUUGUAUCAUCAAUCCUUCCUGCCUUUUUACAAGCCUUUAAAGUUGUUUCUGAAGAAAUAGUAAUUUUGAAAAAACUUUGAAAAUACUGUUUAACCUCAAGUUUUACCUGCAGGGUUAUUUCAGCUUUAGCAAAAUUUCAUUCAAGGGAGUUGUGCAAAAUUAAGUGGUUUCCUUAGGAAACUAGGGUAUCUAAAUAUAUCAUCAUCAUCUACAGUUAAAGCUGUUGAAGGAUUCCACUCAGUUCAAUAAAAAUACUUCCAGUGAAGAAUCAGAAUGAAGAUGAUUAUGGCCAGAUUUCCUGUUCUUAAACCUUUAGCUAUACAUCUACUGUUUAGUCUUACUGAAUCCCUUAAAAUACAAGAAUGUUUGUAUUAGCUGGGCAAACCUAGUGAUGCAAAGUAGAUUGCCAUCAGAUAAAGAAAUAUUAAUCAAAUCUA